GCCGCCGGCCGCCCGCUCGCCCCGCUCGCCCCGCUCGCCCCGCCCGGCCCCGCUCGCCCCGCCCGGCCCCGCUCGCCCGGCCCGCAGGUACGAGCCGCCGAGGGACCGCGGCCCGGCCUCCCCGCUCCCGCCGCCCGCUCCGAGGACUUUUGCAGGGGGCCAAGCCACAGCCCUUCUGGGUGACCCGCACCCUACCUUUUGCCCCUGGCAGGGCUCACUCACAGCCACCAUGAGCGAGGCCUUUGACUGUGCAAAAUGCAGCGAGUCCCUGUAUGGCCGCAAAUACAUCCAGACGGACGACGGCCCCUACUGUGUGCCCUGCUACGACAGCACCUUCGCCAACACCUGUGCCGAGUGCCAGCAGCUUAUCGGGCACGACUCCAGGGAGCUGUUCUACGAGGACCGCCACUUCCACGAGGGCUGCUUCCGCUGCUGCCGCUGCCAGCGCUCCCUGGCCGACGAGCCCUUCACGUGCCAGGACAGCGAGCUGCUGUGCAAUGACUGCUACUGCAGUGCCUUCUCGUCGCAGUGCUCUGCCUGCGGGGAGACCGUCAUGCCCGGGUCCCGGAAGCUGGAAUACGGAGGCCAGACGUGGCAUGAGCACUGCUUCCUGUGCAGCGGCUGUGAACAGCCGCUGGGCUCCCGUUCCUUUGUGCCCGACAAGGGUGCCCACUACUGCGUGCCCUGCUAUGAGAACAAGUUUGCUCCUCGCUGCGCCCGCUGCAGCAAGACGCUGACACAGGGUGGCGUGACAUACCGCGACCAGCCCUGGCAUCGAGAAUGCCUGGUCUGCACAGGGUGCCAGACGCCCCUGGCAGGGCAGCAGUUCACCUCCCGGGAUGACGAUCCCUACUGUGUGGCCUGUUUUGGAGAACUCUUUGCACCCAAGUGCAGCAGCUGCAAGCGCCCCAUCACAGGACUCGGUGGAGGCAAGUAUGUGUCCUUUGAAGACCGCCACUGGCACCACAGCUGCUUCUCCUGCGCCCGCUGCUCCACCUCCCUGGUGGGCCAAGGCUUUGUGCCGGACGGAGAUCAAGUGGUGUGUCAGGGUUGCAGCCAGGCAGGGCCCUGAGCCAGGACUCCUGGGCCCAGGACCUCCCAAACCAGGGCUCCAGGACUAAGGCUCCUUUUCCAAACCACCUUUGGGACCCAGCCCCUCCCCAAAUUGGGGUUCCUCCUGGGCUCCAGGAUUCAGCCUCCCUGCUCCAACAUCCUCAAACUGGUACUUCCUUGCCCAGGGCCCCCACACCUGGGCCCUUAUGGAGCCUCCAUGAUUCAAAGCCCUUUCGCAAGCCUGGACUCUAGACUUCAGCCCUCUCCCCACAGUCUGCUUCCCAGACCAAGCCCUCUCCCCAAACCAGGGCUCUAGGCCCAAUUCUCCAAACCUGGACUCCAGGACCCAGUCCCCCUUCAAUCUAGACUUUCCAGAGACUCUAGGUCUUCAAUGGGUGCCUGAGAAGUCCUCAAAAGUGGAUUCUACUCGGGCUUGACCCUCCCUAACCCCCAUCCCACCCUGUCCCCAAGGCUGGGGCUCUCUGGGCGGCAGCAAAACGGGAAUUCACUGUCUAAGGGGAUCCCAGAGCACAGGGUUGCGCCCAGUCCGGGUCUGCCUAGUGUUUCCUCAUUUCAUCUGAGCUCCAUUUUGCCCAGAGAUGGGCAGAGGGGUGGGAUUGGCUCACCCACCUUCCAGAUUCUGCAAUAAAAGCAGUGUGAGGAAGUGAA